GCUUCGUGCCAGUUCGACCGGGCUCUGAGGUUUCCCAUCCGUUGGAGAACUUGCUGACAGUGAUGGACUCCGCUGGAAGAUCCUGGAUUUGACAUCGGCAUUGUACGCGCAAGCCAGCCGCCGCAGGAUAAUCUUGGCCCCAUCUUCACAUCUGGCCACCUGGCCUCACUUCCCAGCCCCGCGCUAGAAUGAAAACCAGAUAAAAAGGCAAAAUGUCGUUUUGGGAGCCCCCUCCUCAGCCUGCGACCAAGCUCGGUGUCUAUCGCACUCUCUCGGCCCACGCCGGGGUGCAUGUCUCACCUCUGCAGCUGGGCGGAAUGAGCAUCGGCGACAAGUGGGAGAAGCUGGGGAUGGGAUCGAUGGACAAGGAGUCUAGCUUCAAGCUUCUCGACGCCUACUUCGACGCGGGCGGAAACUUUAUCGACACUGCGAACAACUACCAGGAUGAGACUUCGGAAAUGUUCAUCGGCGAAUGGGCAGAGAAGCGCGAUAUCCGCGAUCAGCUGGUCAUUGCUACCAAGUACACCUAUGGGUUCAAAUUGCGGCAGGAAAAGUACGCUCAGAAAGUCAACUACCUCGGCAACAACAUCAAGUCCAUGAACAUCAGCGUCGACGCCAGUCUCAAGAAGCUCCGCACGAACUACAUCGACAUCCUGUACGUGCACUGGUGGGACUGGGACACCAGCAUCGAGGAGGUCAUGGACGGAUUGCACAACCUCGUCGUGCAGGGCAAGGUCCUCUACCUCGGCGUCUCGGACACUCCCGCGUGGGUCGUCGCGCAGGCCAACCAGCACGCCCGCGAGCAGGGCAAGUCCCAGUUCGUGAUCUACCAGGGCGCGUGGAAUGUGAUGGCCCGUUCUUUUGAGCGCGAGAUCAUCCCUAUGGCUCGUUCAUACGGCAUGGCUCUGGCUCCGUGGAAUGUUUUGGCCGGAGGCAAGCUGCGCACGGAUGCCGAAGAGGAGGCGCGGCGGGCUUCGGGCGAGAAGGGCCGCAUGCUCUUUGGAUCCAAUUGGGAGCGGAAUGAGGAUGAAAAGAAGAUGUCUGCUGCCUUGGAGAAGGUGGCUGGUGAAGUCGGUGCCAAGCAUAUUACCUCUGUGGCGAUCGCCUACUUGAUGCAAAAAGUGCCCUACGUCUUCCCCAUCAUCGGCGGCCGCAAAGUCGAGCACUUGAUGGCCAAUAUCGAAGCCCUCGACCUGGUCUUGACUCAAGAACAGAUCGCCUAUCUUGAGAGCAUUCUGCCAUUCGACCCUGGAUUCCCUAGUGCCAUGAUUGGCAAUGGACUCAAGCACAGCUAUCUCAUGACAUAUGUUGCUCAUUUCGAUAAGUUACCCACCCCUCAAGCAAUUCGCCCCAAGAAGGAGUAGAUUUUCUGAGAAUCAAUGUAUACAAAAGUUACCGUGUUCUUGUUAAAUGAUCAAUGUACAUCAUGCAAUGACUACUUGUCUUCUCAAGUGAUCUCUAAGCAAUCUUCCGCCCGCAUAGUUGUGCGAGUU